CUACCAAUAGGAGAGCUCUCUGUACCUGUGGCCCCUCCGCGGCUUUACAUAGACUACCAAUAGGAGAGCUCUCUGUACCUGUGGCUUCACAUAGACUACCAAUAGGAAAGCUCUCCGUACCUGUGGUCCCUCAAUGGUUUUAUACAGACUACCAAUAGGAGAGUGCUCUGUACCUGUGGCCCCUCAGUGGCUUCACAAAGACUACUUAUAGGAGAACUCUCUAUACCUGUGGCUUCACACAGACUACCAAUAGGAGAGCUCUCAUUACCUGUGGCCCCUCAGUGGCUUCACACAGACUAACAAUAGAAGCGCUCUCUGUACCUGUGGCCCCUCAGUGGCUUCACAUGGACUACCGAUAAGAGAGCUCUCUGUACCUGUGGCUCUAUACAGACUACCAAUAGGAGUACUCUCUCUAUACCUGUGGCCCCUCAAAUGACUUCACACAGUACCAAUAGGAGUACUCUCUCUAUACCUGUGGCCCCUCAAUGACUUCACACAGUACCAAUAGGAGUAUUCUCUCUAUACCUGUGGCCCCCUCAGCAGCACACAAUUCCAAUAGAAUCGUCUCCCGCAGAGCAGAAAAGCCGCCAGUGUCUCGGCAAGUUCCGGAAAGGCUCGGAAUGCGAUUGUCACCACCCUCGGGCUUGUAGAAGUUCGUCGACUUUCGGAAUCCCUCGAGAACUUUCGGCUUCUUCCGGGAAGGCGAAGCGAGAGGUGAGUGUACGAUUCCUCCCCGCACCUUGUCCCGGGAGCCCGGAGGGUGACAGCUGGCUGCGGCACAGGUUCUCCGGUUGCCUGUCUGUACUGGUAAAUCCCAACACUGAACAUCUGGAGAUCUUCUUCAAGAAAAUCUUGGAGAACAUGGCAAGCGGUGGCUACAGGGCACACACUCCGUCUUCGUCACACACCACCGAUUUCCUCGAAGAAUGGAAAGCCAAGCGGGAGAAGAUGAGGGCAAAGAUGCACGCGGCCGAGAUGGCCACAGCAGGGACUGCUGGAGCAACUGACAAUGGCAGUAAAAUUAGCAGUGAAAUGAACAAUAAUAAUAAUAGUAGUAGUAGUAGUAAUAUAUCCAACAGCAAUAGCCAAGCUCCUGCAUUGAUAACUAAGGUCCCAGCUAUGAGUCGGACUGUGGAGGAACAGCAGGUUACCGCAGUGGUUGCCCAGCCAAAGACAGCCUUAGCGCCCUUACAAGAUGGCAUCACAGGAGAAACAACCCAGGAGGAACCUCCACCACCGGCAUCCCAGGAGAGUUCCAGUAAAGCAAAAGAUAAAGGGAAAAGUUGUGGCCCAAGUGCAAGAAAGGGUAAAGGGCAAAUCGAGAAAAGAAAGCUGCGAGAAAAGAGGAGGUCAACAGGAGUUGUCAAUAUACCCUCUGCUGAGGAAGGCACUGGUGAUGUAACCAGGGCCUCAAGGCUGCCUCCUGGGAUAUCUACAAAUGAUGUCCACAGUCAAGUGUUCCCGGAAGCAGACCAAGAGUUUCAGAGCCCUGAUGAGUUUGAUGAUGAAGCUGGACAGAAGGAACGCAAGAAGGAAGCCGCAGUUACCCUACAAAACACAGCACAGAAUGAAUCCUUUUCUAUAGAGCCAGCUGAAUGGCAGACGGAAUCUACAAGGACUGUGCCAAACAGAUAUAAGAGCACAAACAAUACCCCUGAUGAUGACUCCUUAAAUCGUUAUCCCCAUACUGACCGAACAACAUGUGGUCGUUACAGCAGAGAUCCCAAUUCUGUAAAUUCUGUCCAGGGAAAUUCCUUAGAGAAAAAGAUUGAAGAACUUGAAAGGGAGCUAGCGAAAGAAAGGUAUGAAAAUGUAAGAUUAGUCAAGUUAAUGCAAGACAAAGAAGAAUUAAUUUUGAAAAUGAAGGAAGAAAUUGACUUGUUAAACAGAGAUUUGGAUGAUAUAGAAGAUGAAAAUAAACAGCUAAAGCAGGAAAAUAAGACCCUUCUGAAAGUUGUUGGCCAGCUAACAAGAUAGAAGAUAGAUGAAAAGUUUGCUGUGGAACAAACACUACUGAUUAUUUUUCUCUUGAGAGGCGGGUGUGUAGGAUAGGGGAAAUUGGUUAAGGGAAUAAGGGGAUCUUAAGUCAACCUCUUCGAUGAAGGGGUACGCCCAGUGCUUUUCAACGAAUGGUCAAGAUUGUAUAUUUAUUAAUAGAGACUGUGUUCUUGGGAGUAUGAAAUUGCACCAGAUUUUGAAGAUAUAACUUUGUGAUAAACAUGAUUUUGCACUGUCAUAAAAAAAAAAAUAUCUGACAGGUUUAAAUGUUCAGCCUCCAAUUUAAGUGAUGUGGAAUUGAUCUUUUUCUAUGUUUUUGGGUCAAAUGUUUUUUUUUUUUUUCACACAAUCAUAACUUUAGAGCUUAAACACUAAUUUGUUAAAUACAUGCAAGUCAGACAAGCCCAAGUGCAAAACAGCCGACAGACCAUUGUCAACCCAGUGUCUGAAGAAAUCCCCGGAGGACAAAGGGUGAAGGAAGAGGAAUGUAAACGUAGUCACCGGAAUGGAAUGUCUUCAUGUCUGGAGAGACCUAAUCUUUACAUGUAGAAUGGGGAUCUUGGACAUUUUUCAUUUCUCCAUACCCUUGUACAUGUCACUGAACACAUUUUCAUUUGUAGAACUCUUUGCAUGGGAAUAUGAUACUGACUGAUAAAUACAGAAAUGUGUAUUGAUGUAUAUGCUAGUCGCUAGCCUCCUUCAGAGUAAUAUAACUAACUUUAACUUUUUUUUUUUUUACUUCUCGUGUGUUUGUGUGCCCACUGAUCCUUUUAAUUCUCCAUGCUUUUUAACAACCUGUUUUUCAUCUCUGAGAUGAGAUCUGAGAUUUUUCAUACAUACCGUUUUCACGUUUACCCCUUGCCUGGGGAAACAGUAGCAACUGUUUUUUAGGCUGGUCCAAUAUUGCAUAGUGCUUUUAUAUUCGUUAGGGAUCUGUGAUCACUGAGACAUGAGGCACAAAAGGCACAGUUGUAGGAUUACCUCAUUUAUAGAGUGCUUUCCAUUUUUUUCGUGGUGACCCAUGUUUCUUUCAAUAAGCAUGCUGUUGGAUUAACAAGUAUUCAGAUGUAAUCAAAUGCUAAAGAAUGCUUAGGCCACUGUUAAUUUCUGCUUUGGCUAGACAGACUCUUGAUCUCAUUGUGAAGACGUGUUUUAAACAGAAGUUUGAUAUAACUAUAAUCAAGAUGCUGCAAGAACCAUGCUUACAAUUUAAUUUUGGUGUUGGCACCAACCACCAUUAAAUAGGUUAUUAAAAUUGCCAGCGUGGCAGUA